AUGCACAUCAGACUCCACCACUUCGUCCUCCUCCUCGCAGCCCUCCUCUGCAUCGUCGACCAUGCCGACGCAAACCGCUCCUACUACACCUGGUUCCGCAGAAGGUGCUGCAACCAACCGGAGCGCAAAAUGUGCAGAGAGGCCCUCGUCCGCUGGAGGAUUUGCAACGACGCUGCCCGCAGGGGCGGCCUUCCGCCCCCCCCGUGCAUCUGGACCCAGCAGUGGUGGGAAAGGGCUCACCAGGCCUGCAGGCCCGGUAUCGAGGGCCCUUCGGACUGGGUUGAUCCCGAUAAGCCUGUUCUCCCCAAGACCGAAUAUUAG